AUCCGCGGCUGAGGAAAUUUCGAGUUCUACUUCCUCCACUUGACUUCAACCACAUGUCUCAGAUUUGUUAGGUAAUAUUUCUCUGUUGAUUCCCGAAUUAUAUACCCCGAUUAUCAGUUUAUGCUGACGGAGGAGCUGUCAUCAUGUCGAUCUACGAUAACUUUAGAGCCCCCCAGUAUGUCGAUUUUGCUGGAAUCAAUUCUAGUGACAUCACCUCAGACACAUCCUCGUUUUUCGACCGAGAAACUGAUAUGGAUUUGACACCUUCAGUUCAUGAAAGAACCUACAGAGGUUCUAGCGUGUCUUCUUCUAGUGAGACAGUUAGUGAUGAUACUUCUAGCGUGUCUUCCAAUGACACAAUGAGUGACAAUGAUAGAACACUCACACCAUCCAGAUUCAACACUUAUAAUGCUGGUAAUCUGGAGGCUAACAGGGAUCGAGCCAACUCCAAGGUGUCUUUAACUCCAUAUGGAACCAAAUGUUUUCAAGUGACUUCCUCACCACUGUCAAAGAAGCCUUGCAAGCUGAACAUCAGCAACCUUAAGGGUGGAACUGAUACUUUUAAUAAGGCUUCUCCAAUUGAAUUUGAUAUUCCAAGCCUUAGGGUAUCAACACCUAUGGUCCAUCAUGUGAACACAGAAGUUACUACCAAAAAGACUAGCUAUGGUUCUCCUCCAAGGAAAAGUUUCAGACUUCAGGAGAGUAACCCUUCUGCUUCUAAAGUGUGCAGUCCUUCAGGCAACACCCCUAAGCCUAUUUCUGCUGAUUCUUCAGGAAAUGAAACAUCAGUUUCGAGGAAGAGCAGGUGUAGUGUGACACCUUCAACCAACCGUCGCUCCAGAAGUGCUAGUAACACUAAAUGCAUUGUUAGUGACGAAGAAAUUUUAAAUGAUGCCAUUCGAACUCUCUCAAUUGGUAGCAGCCUGAAGAAGACCCAAGCAGACAUUGUUUGUGAGGUGGACCCACUUUCCUCACCUCGCCAACUCGUCCCUGUGAUCGUCCCUACUCCUAAGGAAAUCUCAAAGAAGAUGCUGCAACCUAAAAUAAAAGGUGGCGGUCCCAAACGUAAAUUCUCUCCUCCUCCAAAGAAUUCAAGAGAUUAUAGUCAACAACCUGCAAAGUACAUCAGCAUGGCUGAACAGGUAGCUCGGAUUCAGAAGCAAACCCCGAAACGAUUUAGAACCCUUCCUUCUGCUGCUGCAUUGAAGAGGGGAGUCCAGUCCAAAGCAGCAAGAAAUCUUUCCAUCCAGCUCAAAUCUGGUCCUGCAUCCUCUAGUGGUUCUACAGCAAACCAUUCAGUCCCUCAGAAGAAAGUUAAGGAACAAGAAGUGUUGGGUGACCAGAAAGGUGUUAGGGUGGCCCGAUGGCCACAACCGAAGGUGGAACCUUUUGUUCUCACGCAGUACAAAAAGACAGAGCUUCCUAAAACAGUUUUCAACUUUGAUCAGAGGGGAACUGUUCUUCUCAGAGACCAGACUCCUCUCAAAAAAGUUCCACAAACUACUACAGUUCAACCUUUCAGUUUUGAUAAGCGAGACCAAGAAUUUUUGCAAAGAAAAAUCAGCCGCAUGAUGGGGGUUGAAACAAACAGUCAUUGCUGCCGACCUCAAACAAGACGACGCAGCAAGUCCCAGGGUGAUGACUACUCUAAGAAUAGUGUGAAGCCGGAUCCCUUAGUACACCAUGCUAGGAUUCCUACAGUCCUCCAUAAGCCUCCAUUUGUACCUGUUAAAACAAUCCAUAAGGUGACCAGGCCACUUGACCUUUGCCUGUUCACUGAAAAAAGAGCUAAAGAGAGGGAAGAAUUUGACAAACUUUUGGAACAGAAGGAAGAGAAUCGUCAACUUAUGCUCAAUAAGCAACAAGAGAAGAAACGUGUACAAGAAGAGAAUGAAAUUUUAAAGUUAAGAAAAGAACUUGUUCAUAAAGCUCGGCCUGCACCUCAGUUUCGCCCUUUCAAAAUUCAUCCUUCUGUUGCACCACUUACCGAGCCACACUCUCCCAAUUUUCUACAUCGUUCAGAACCACUUUGUGGCACAUCGUCAGAUGAGCAUAUGGAAAGCUGAAUUUCUUGGCCUUCCCCUCUCUGAACCCCCUUUUCUUUUGUAGCUUUUAUCAAUCGUGGCACUGCUUUUUAAGUUGCAGAAAUUGUUGUGUGUGAUUGUCAAUCUCCUCCUGGAGCAAAUUUGUACUUAUGUGUGGUUUACAUUCAGAUUUUUAUGUCUUUUUAUCUACAUACUAUAAAUAAUAAACAAUUCUUACCAAACAA